AUGAUCCUGAUCCCAGAUUGGACUCUCUGGGGGGUCGACGGAAAGCUCGACAAUGGUGGAUGGUGCUGCCAAUCCGGGCAAAACGGGACAUACCGCGAUAACUCCAACGGAAUCGCCCUGCUGUGUACUCCCACGACGGCGACAGCACUUGCUUCAGAUAUCUUCUGGGCCGAGACAGUUAGCACCUCAUCCUGUUCCACGUCAUCGACGAGCUCGACACUUGCCACAGCCUCAGCGACUGCGACUGCAGCAUCCACGGCCGCAACCACUACUGCCGGAGCCUCCGCCACGACCGCGAAUACGGCCACCGCCACGCCGUCGGGAACGAACGAUUCAACUUCAAUGUCCACCGGAGCGAUAGCCGGUGCUGCGGUCGGAGGUGUCGCUGGCGGAAUCCUGAUUAUUGCGGGAAUCUUCUUCCUGUGGCGAAAGAAGAAGAGAAGCUCGGCCGAUGCAAGCCCUACGACGGAAGCGGGCUCUUCGGCGUGGGCAUACGAACGAAAGGAUGGACAGAGAUCGGGAGGAAAUGGUGGCGGCGUGAACGAGCUCGCAGUUCCAGAGCCACGGGCAGAGAUGGAUUCCGCGAUGCAACCAACUUACGAGCUUGAUGCUGCGGCAUCAAACACGCCCGAACUAGACGCGGCGCACUCUGGUGCAAGACCGGCUCAGAGGGACGAUUUGAAGUACCGAUAG